UAGAAGUAGGCUGUCAUAAUUAUUUUUGUUUUGCCUGCCUCUUAGUUUCCUGCAUCGAGCAUAAGGACUGCGUAGAGUCUUUGACUGCAUGUCUGAACGUGUGUGAGCGUGCAUGUGCACCAUCAUGACUGUGAGGAGCAGAGGGUUCUCGCUGGACGGCUCUGAGUCUAUGGACCUCGGCAGGGGGAGAAGCAGCAGCAGCAGGUUCAGCAGUAAGAACCGCAGAGACUACGGGACUCUGAACGAAACCCUUCAGGAGCUGAAUCACAACCUCAACUCAAGCAUCUCCCACAGGAAUCAGACCAUAGCCGUGGAGAGCAUUGGACAUUCAGACAGCCUCACCCAUAAAACCAGCUUCCUAAAGCACAGAAAAAGCUUUUACAAACACUUCCAGGAGGUUCCUGCGGGGGAGAGCCUCUUGCACACAUUUACCUGUGCCUUGCAGAAGGAGGUACUGUAUCAAGGACGACUCUUUGUUUCUGAGAACCAUGUGUGUUUCUACUCGUCAGUGCUGCUCAAAGACACUAAGGUGGUGAUUCCUGCGUCCAGCGUCAUGGAGGUGAAGAAGCAUAGCUCCGCUUUGUCUGUGUUGUCUAUUCUAACUGCUGAUGGAGAGAAGUACUCGUUCAUGUCUAUGAGGCGCCUUGAGGUGUGUUAUAGACUCCUCCAAGCGGUCUGUUGCCAAGUACAGAAACGGGAGAAGAGCAUCAACAGCAGCCCUCAUCUGUCCUCCGCAGAUAAUGAAGGGGAUCAUGACAUGCAGGCCUCCAGUUUUUCCAGUUUGGAGGACAGCGUUGAUCGUGAUCUCAGCAGACAGAACAGCGUUCAUCGUGACAGCAGCUUUAUUUCGUCCAGUGAAGGUCCUACGAGACGCAGUUCCACUCGUCAAAACAGCUUAACAGACGAAGACAACGGAGACAGGUCCGAAUCCUCGAUUUGGAGGAUGGCGGAGACGGUCGCACCACUCUUCUUCCUCAGAGAGUUAAGAAGUCUCAGCGUCCUCUUCUACGUCUACAUGAUGCUGCUGGUGCUGCUCCUGCUGGCCUCCGGGUACAUCGGCCUGAGGAUGGUGGCGCUGGAGGAGCAGCUGGUUGAGAUGUCCAUGCAGCACAGCAAGUACCCACAAAUGUAGCCAGAAGAGCAUCUUUCUACUCAGACCCUGCUGCUCGCUGAUGUCUGUCUAGACAGGCUCCCGAAAGCAUCUUAGCUGUGAGACUCGGCCCAUUUGACACACCGUACAUCUUUCAGCUAAUUUCAAACGUUGUGCACACAAACAAGUUCUCUCCUUGUAGAUAUCAAUCUCCUGUGGUAAUGCCCUCCCUGCGGAGGACGCAGGUCAGCAAUAAGAGGCUUUUUGGAUGUCUGAACAAGGCCGCCGUUGGUGAACUCCACGGAUGGCUGACUCUGUUGGCAGAGAAUCCCCAAUAUUUCUAUUGGGAGCAAAUUCCUUCUCUGCUGACAAAUCAAAAAAACGCGGUGAGGAUCCCGUGCCCGGAGCCACAUGGAGGCCGCCUGCUGUAGCUCGUUUCCUGGCCGGUGAACAGCUGAGCUCAGGAAGUUUUCUGGAGUCUUGGACGCCUCAGAUCCUCAGAUCCAACCUGCAACAUCGAGGACUGCCACAAAGUGUAGAAGCUGAUAAUUUAUGGCCUAUUUAAAAUGAUUUGUACUUGAAAUUAAAUGAGGAUUUCACCUUUUCUGCAUAAACUGCUGGACAUGUUUUAAAGACUGUAAUUGGCAAUAAUCAGCCAGCAGAGGGCAGACACUCCCAUUAAACCCUGCUGCCAAGGCAGGAUUCUAUUAUAAAAGCUUCAACACUACAUUGCCUUGUGGUGCAAUAAUGUAAAAACACAUGACUCAAUUGAUAUUUAUUGAACCAUUUUAAGCCAUUUAUCAAACUAUUUCCAAAGCCUUUCACUAUUUUCAUAUUCCACAUUUUAACUGGUGCUUAUAACUGCAGGAACCCCGUACAUUAUCAGUGUAAUUUUACAUUUUAUCACCUCAUCCGAAUGGUAAAUCAUUAUGUAUACAUAAAUUGCUAUUUCUGUAUAACUACCAGAUAUCCAUUCUUAUU